AUGGCUUCUGAUCCCCCUUUGGCGUCACAGCCAUCUCCAUCCACGCCUGCUGCUCCGCCCGCACCGGGCAGCAAAGGCAAAGGCGUCGCGCGCCUGCCCUUCGUGCGGAACCUCGUCACACGCCUCAUCGACUCGGCCGCCCUGCGCUUGCUGUCCUUAGAGACUGGAGCCCCUUCGAAGGACGUAGGACUAGAUGUCAAGGUGCUGGCCAAGGUCUCCGAUCUCGGUCUGCCGCUGCCACUCAAUGCCAAGAUCACCUUUACUCAGCCAGUGGAGCUGUGCUGGAUGGCAUCCUCAGCACAGAACGGAGCAUCCAGCAAGCUUAAGAUUCCGGGCACCAAGCGCGACAGUGAGGCUGGUCAGGUCAUUGCACAUGGCCAGCUCGAUAUACUGAAGCUCAAAGCAGGAGCUACGCCAGGCAAUAGCUCCGGCGAGACACGUCUUAGACUGGAUGCAUCCUCACAUACCUCCCAGAACGUCGGAGCUCUAGUCAAGAAGUUGCUGCGCACCCCUACUCAGGAUGCAGUGACAAUCCUCCUGAGGGCCCAUGGAGUGACUGUCAAGGCCUAUGGAUUCACAUUCAAGGGUCUCGCUUUGGAGAAGAAGGUACCUUUGGGCGGAUUGGGAGGCCUCGGUGGUGCCGUUCGAUUCCCCGAUCUGGAUGGCGAAAAGGUGACGGUAGGAAAGCUGCCAACUUCUCCAGAGCGGUCGUCUGGGGCGGGACUAUUCGGAAACAAGAGAUCUCAAUCAAGACAGAGAAAGACUACGCCUGAGAUGGACAGUAUAACAGUCGAGGACCUGAUGAUCAUAGGCGGUCACCCUGAAGAGGGGAUCUUGAUCUCAGCCGCUGUGAAUAUCUCACUAGCUCAGCCUGGCAAGAACUUGCCAGACAUCAGUGUACCCAUAGGCGACCUUUCUCUGGGCCUUUUCGUUCCAGUGACGGAGUCAGGCGCCGGUGGGCCUACACGGAUCGGUAGUCUUGUCCUAGCAGGGACCACGCUGAAGCAAGGCAACAAUCGUUUGGAAGCACGUGGUUCGAUCAAAAUUGCUCACGAUGCAAGUGGACCUGCACGUAUGGUGAUCACUGCUCUACUUGAGAACAGACCUUCGACCUUGCUGGCAAUGGCAGCCGAGCCAGAUCGAGACGAACCAGGCGCCUCUCCAGCCUCAUGGCUUUCGUACGGCUUCGCUGGCGCUCAAAUCGUCGCUAUCUUGCCCGCUUUGGGUGACAGGGCUAGACUCAUCGACGGCGCCCAACUUCGUACAGGCAGCGAAGGAGCGCCUGUCAUCUCGCCCCAUCCAUCGACAGACAGCUCUUCAAGACGACUCAGUCGAUCUAGCCGGUCCAACUCCAUGAGCGAUGCUUCUUCUCAUCCUUAUAAUAGCGCAAAUGACUCGGCCUUCAUCCGAGUCACGAUAUACAACAGCUUCAACGCCGAAAUUACAUUGUCCAAGCUCCGCGUCAAAGCUUAUGGGGAGACAGAUGGCGAGGGUCAGAGCAGAGAGGUACCGAUGCUAGGCAUCGUAGAGACCGGACCUAGAUGGGAGGGUCUGCGUUUACGACCAGGAGAGAGCGUUCCUGUCAGUCUUCCCUUCGAGCUCAACUCUGAUCCUGCGGUCUUGGUCAGAGUCCUCAAGACGUCGGCUGCUCGAGAAGGAGUCGAGCUAGGGCCUGGCUUCAAGAAGAUCUUGGACCGCAUUGAUCAGAGCUCUGAAAAUGAGGAUCGAGCCCCUUCGCCACCGGUGUCUGAUGGUGGCCUCGGUGAGGGCAACUUCGCCGAGUUGCUGACGCAAGCUCUCGCCCAUCUGACCGUUGCCGCUCACAUCGAAGCUAGCGAGGUCUACGUGGGCGACUAUGCAGUGCCAGGAGGUGUGAGCUUCGUGCAACGAUCUCUCGCCAUCGCUAUCUCGGGAUCCACAGGAGCUUGGCUCUUGCCAAGAGUGGGCACACCUCUAGUCACUCAGCUAGUCGAGGAGGGCCGCAUUGAGCUGGCCAGUCUCGAUGUGCAUGAGAUCAACGAGAACGGACUUGUAGCCACAGCGACUUUGAAACUUGCUGGCUUUGGUCCUCUCAGCGCACAGGUGUUUCUCGAUGGGGGGCUUGCAAUGAAAUGGACAGAGGGCGAAAGAAAAGGCGAGAUCGCUGCCUAUUUCAAUGCCAGUGAGCCGUUGCAGGUAGAGCCUGACCAGGAGACUACUUUGCAGAGACAGGUGACAAUCUCUCCCGUCAAGGGCGGGGCAUCGUCUUCAGGCUCCUUUGCCGCCUUUGCCAGCGAAAUCUUGUGCAAGGGGGAGACACUAUGGCAGAUUGAGUCCAACAGUGUCAGAGCUUUGGCUGGAGGAGUGGAGUUUCCGACGACACUCUCCAAGACCAUCUCAAUAUUUGGGUUUGGUGGAUUCCCAGACUUGGAAGCCCGAGAAUUCGAUAUCAUCGGCGAAGAGCCUCUACCCCCUCCUCUAGUCGCACAGCUGGGCCGGUCAUCCACAGGCGACGCAAAUCUGGCGGUCGCCAUCACUGCCCACGUCGAGCUUCCCAAUUCAAGCAACAUCACUAUAAGCCUGUCGCGCUUGGAGCUAGAGUUGCUUCUCGGAGAAGUCGUUGUCGGUCAAGUCGCCAUACAAGAUGUACAUAUUCCUGCCCACCAAACAAUUGACUUGGAUGUCGCCGGUUAUGUCUGGGCCGCUUCGGACUCCGAGACGUUGGGCCGCUUGGCCUCUGACAUCAUACUUGGCAAACCGAUUAGCCUAACCGCUCGAGGAAAAGCAGCGAUGACACAAGCCCUACCGCAAAGUCUGCCUACCUCUCGACAGCGAUCAGGUAGUAUGAUGAGCCACAACUCAGCCCCCUCACGCAAAAGCGAGACAAGAGUCGCCUGGCUUGAUUCUGCCCUUCGAGCUUUGUCCACCAACGUUCGAAUCCAAGCAAAGAAAUUCAACGUUGUCAACCGAGUCGAAUUGGAAAGCCUGACGGGUACCUUUCCCCAGUCCGGACGGCCGUCGGUCGAGAUCGGGGCUCUGUUCGUGCGGUAUGAGGUACCGUUCCCGAUUGAUGUCGUAAUCGAGAGCGUCAGUGCGGACGUGGAGAUUCUUCUCGAUGGAGAAGUCGUGGGUACUGGGCGAUCCAAGAAUGCAAAAGUUCUAGAAGCAGAAGAAAAAGCUGGCUCUCGGCGGAGAAGGACUUCGAGCACUUCCAGUACCGUAGAGCACGCAUCGGGCCUCCUCAAGCUGGCGCUCGACGAUUUUGCUCUUGACACUGAGAAUCAUGCGUUCUCAGAGCUGAUCAAGCACGUCUUCGACUGUGAAGAGACAAACCGGAUUUCCCUACGAGGUCAAGCAUUCGUAACGGCUCGAACUGUACUUGGCCAGAUCCCCUGCCAGGUCGAUCUGGGACAUGUGCCCGAUCUGAAGAUCAAGGGCAUGCGCUCUUUGAGAACGUCGCCUACCGACUAUACCGGCCUGCAGGUCAUUGACGGCACCAGUGACCACCUCCAAGUCACUUUCGAUCUCUUCCUCAACAAUCCAAGUGAGAAUGUCACGCUCAACCUGCCGGACUCGGGUCUUAGCUUCGCAGCCUACUACAGAGGCGCCAACGUAGGAAGAGCACACGUUGGCGGCAAAGAGGGCCCAUUCAAAUUGACUUCGGGCCCCUGCGCCUUCCGAGGUGUGAAUUUCUACUACUCUCCGAAGGAAAGUGAGGAGAUGGCAGUGCGGCAGCUCCCGGCCAAUUUCUUGAGUGGUCAGACGACUACUUUGGAGAUUCGAGGUGAUGAGCAGUCCACGUCAAUUGCUGCGCUACAGCCUGCUAUAAGCUCUCUGAGGCUUUCAUUCGACUUGCGGCCCCUCGUAGAUCGGACUCUCAUUGCCAGUAUAGAGAUCGCCCUUGGUGCAAAGGUGCUGACGGCCAAUGCCGUUGAAUGCUCCUUUGUCAUUUCCAACCCGUUGAUGGUUCCCAUCGAUCUCCUGUCCCUGGCAUUUGUAGCCAAUUACAAGGGCAAGCCAUUCGGCACAUCUUCGAUAGAAUGGCCCGCCGGUGAGCCGCUGCGCGUGAUGCCAGGAACGAUGGGCAAGCCUGGCCAAGCGACAGGCCAUUGCCAUGUCCGACUGGCACAACGGCUAGACCAGCUUGUGCGUGCCUUUCUUUCCGAAAGAGGGCAAAUCUAUUUGCAAGUCGAACUCAGCGCAGGUGUGGAGAUGGGAGGAUACAAGAUCCCCGUGUUCGAGUACGUUCAGGAGAGGUUGCCGCUUGACAUCAAGAACCUGGCAGGUGUGAGCAAGCUGCUGUGGGCACUGCCACUGUAG